AUGGACUUUUUACUUAACCUGUAUUGUGUCGCCACUGUUAUUGUCAUUGCGACUUUAUUUAGACGACUUUUUAUAAAGCCUAGUCUAUACGCAAAAUACCCUUUGUGGGGCGAACAUCUCGAAGGGUUUGAAAAGAGAAGGACCUACUAUGUCCGGCAUGCCGCUGAGGUAUACUACGAUGCCUACAAGAAGUUUAAGGACCAAAUUUGCAGAAUCACUACUCAUGAUGGCGAUGUUCUAGUAUUGCCAAUCAGAUACGCUGAUGAACUGCUUAAGAUGCCAGAUGAAACAGUUAAUAGCUCGAUUCUACUAGAAUCAAGACUGGAGUCUAAAAUCCUUGGCGUCAGCCCUGAAAACCCAUAUAUGGUUCACGUUCUAAGGUUAGAUUUGAACCGUCAAAUUCCACAUCUUAACGCCAAAAUGGCAGAUGCAGCUCGUCACGCGAUGCUAGAGAUUUUAGGCAAUAACGAGGACUGGAAAGAGUUGAAUGUCUAUCAAGCGUGUUUGGGGAUUGUUAGCAUCGUGUCAAGCCCUGUUUUUGUCGGGUCUGAACUCUGUCACAGCCCAGAAUGGCUCGACAUUAGCCGACGUUUCGUCGCCGAUCUAUUCCAUGCGGCUACCGCCCUGAAGGUCUAUCCUCAGUUCCUCCGCCCUAUCGCCAAGUACUGGUGCCCAGAAGUCUCCGCCGUACAGGAACACAUGCGCAAGGCCCACGACCUUCUGAAGCCAAUUAUUGAGCAGCGUCGAGCCUUGCGUGACAAGGAUACAGAAAGCGAACAAAACGAUUUGCUCCGCUGGCUAGUCAACAAGGCGCAGAAGUGGGGUAGAGACGAUGCCGAGUUUCUAGUGCACAGUCAGCUACAAGUUACAAUGGCCUCACUUAACAAUACUACCGCAGCUGUAGUACAUAUCCUCUACGACAUCACUGGCCACUGCCCUCAAAUCAUUCCGGAACUGCGGGCUGAAAUCCAGAGCGCGCUAGACGAUCAUGAUGGGGCUUGGUCAACUUCGGCCUUAUUCAACAUGAAGCUGUUAGACUCGGUGAUGAAGGAAUCCCUGCGCUUGAACCCCAACCUUAUGAUUACACCACGAACUCUACUUAAACCCGUAGAGUUCUCCGACGGCACUAAGCUUGCAGCCGGCCUCAAUGUGUGCGUGGCCGGGUACGCCGCUUUACAAGACGGAGAGUUUUACGAGAAUCCAUCCACGUUUGAUCCCUACCGCUUCCUCAAGCUACGCAGCGGGGAGGUUGAGGAUCGCCUCCAUUACUCUAGUCCUGAGCAAUACCAAUACGUAUCAGUUACGAAAGAGAAUAUGGUCUUUGGAUAUGGCCGGCACGCGUGCCCGGGCAGAUUCUUUGCCAACAAUGCCGUCAAGAUGAUAUGUGGUCAGAUCCUAGAGCAAUACGAUAUUAAAUUGCCGCACGGUGUUACAGAUCGCUACCCAAACCGACAUACAGGCCACUUUAUUAACCCUGAUACAACUAAGACUCUCCUAUUCAAGCAAAGGAAAUAA